AUGCCAGGUGGCUUAUCGGACAUAGAUCCCAACUCUCCAGAAUUCCAAGAGGCUAUGAAUUUUGCUGUUGCUGAAUACAACAGACACACCAACGACUUUUACUACCGCAAAGUGAUAAGAGUGUUAAGUGCGCAGAGUCAGCUGCAUCACAUAACCGAUGUGGUUGCAGGUGAAAAUAUAUACAUGACUUUGAUACUAGCGAGAACUCCAUGCAGGAAGACCGAUCCAUCUAGUAAACACUGUCCCAUCCACAUUCACCCACACCAUGCUAAGCUUUACCAGUGCAACUUUGUGGUGUUCAUAGCUCUGGGGAUGGGUGAAAUGACGCUGACCACAGAGGACUGCAGCAAAUGA